CUCUCUCUCUCUCUCUCUCGCAUAUAUACAUAUAUAUAUAUGUGCUCACGUACAUUUUUCCUUUUUUUUUUUUCGUGAUACUUAAAGUGAAAAAGGAAGGACACAUAUAAGGAGAAUAAUUAAUUUCCUUCGAGAGGAAAAGUAUUUUCCUUAAGCGCUAUAUUAAAUUGUAAAGAUAUACAUAUAUAUAUAUAUAUUUAUAUAUAUAUAUAUAUAUAUAUAUAUAUAUAUAUAUAUAUAUAAUAAAAACGGAGAAAGCGUGAAAUAAGCGAGGGUCCCCUCUGCUCCCUCUCGCCGCCCUUUUAAGAGAGAAGGAUUUUGUGUGCUGUGAUUGGAGAAGAAGGAAAAGUUGUGAAGGUGGCGGAAGAAGAGGUGGAGGAGGAGGUGGUGGAGGUGGUGCUGCAGGUGAUAGAAAGAUAGAUAGAUUAGAUAAGAAGGAAGGAAGGAAGGAGGAAGAAAGUAGAAGAAAGAAGGAAAGAAAGAAGAAGAAAGUUCGCGAAAAUCGUUGAAAAAAAUCUCUGUCUCUCGAGCGUACGAGGGAGAUAACGGUUUCGUUUUUUUUUUUUUUCCUUUUGCUUUUUCCGCUCAUUCCGUGUGCAAUUCAGCACGGACAUAUGAAAAGGACGAAAUUUCAGUGACUAAGGAGAAAGAUAAAGAUUUAUAUAGAUAGAUAGAAAGAGAUAGAGCAGCAACAGACUGAGAAAAACGGUGGUGGCGUCGAGGCUGAAUCGACGUGGCGGUGGCGGCGACGGCGCCAUUUUGUGGAUAUUCUCGCGUGCAGAAGCGGCAGCGGCAACGGCCGCGGCAUCAUCAGCAGACAUCAGUCGUAUCAUUCUCGAUUACGGGAUAUAUAUAUAUCGAGAAUCUAUACAGAAAUUAUUCUUACGGGUUAAAACUUGUAGGAUAUCGAGAUACGAUCGAUCGAUCUACGAAAACGAAAAUAUUCUCAAGAAGGCGACAAUUCAACGGAAUAAUCUGAGUUAUUGGGAGUUUGGUCGCGACGGAAGAAUUCGCGAGAAUAUCGUCGUACGGCGGGAAGGUGAUCGGAAGAAGAAGAAAAAAAAGAUUCGAUCGAGGGAAGUAUAGCUAAGAUAAAGGGGGAAAAAAAAAAAAAAAAGGAAAACAGAGAAAAUAGGAGGAUAGAGGGAGGAGAAGAAAAAGGGAAAAAAAAGAUAGAAGAAGAUAAAAUUAAGAAAAGUGCGACAAGUUGAAGAAAUAGAUUUGUUGAAAAUGAGAUUGGAAAUAGUCUCGGCGGCUGAUUUUUUGGUGCACCUGCUGCGCCUACAGGCUGGACAACUCUCCGAGCGACAGCUCGAGAUGUUCAAGUCUUCAUUGACGGAGGUGUUGCGGCAUCGUUACAGAGACCAUUGGUUUCCUGAUCGUCCAAAUCGUGGCUCAGGAUAUCGUUGUAUACGUAUCAAUGGGAAAAUGGAUCCUGUAAUAGCACAGGCCGGUGCUAAUGUUGGAUUAUUGCCGGCGGUAUUGCACAGCUUAUUCCCAAGCGAGCUAACGAUGUGGAUCGAUCCGUCGGAGGUUUCCUAUAGGAUUGGAGAAAACGGUUCCAUAUGCGUAUUAUAUGAGCGUACCGAGCCCGAUCCCGAGGAAUCUGCUACUUCUCAUCAACAUCAACAUCAGCAACAACAACAACAACAACAACACCAUCAACAUCAUCAACAGCAACACCACCAUCAGCAACAACCGCAGCAGCAUCAACACCAUCAACAACAGCAACAUCAGCAUCAACACCAUCAACAUCAACAGCAUCAACAGCAUCAGCAUUCCCGUUCUUCUCAUCAUCAUCACCAUCACCACCAUCACCACCAUCAACAACAACAUCAGCAUCAACAGCAACAACAGCAACAACAAUUCGAAAGCUGCAAGGACUCGCUUUUGCUCGAGCACACGCAAUUCAGCGAGCAAAUUGCGGCCUUCGUUUCCAGUUGAAGAGUUUAAUUGAGAAAGAAGGAAAGAUGGGUAGGAAGGAUGAAAGGCAGGAAAAGAGGAAAAUGAAGAUGAGGAAGAAGAAGAAGAAGAAGGAAGAAGAAGAAGAAGAAGAAGAGUAGGAGGAGGAGAAAAAAAAGAAGAAAAAGAUGAUGAUAAAUAACUGGAAGAAGAAUAAAUACAUAUAUAUAUAUAUAUAUGUAUAUAUAUACAUAUAUAUAUAUAUAUAAGACGUUGCGAGUAAGCGUCUCUCAUCACCUCCAUCGUCCUAACAAUCGUCGUCGUCCUAGUAGUUACUCGUUGUCAUCGUUUUUUCAUCGUACUCAUCAAUCUCAUCGGACAGAGGCCCACCCAAACAACGUGUGUCUUUUUUCUUUUCUGUUUUUUUUUUUUUUUUAUUUUCCUUUUUGUUCUCUCAAAGAAACUGCUAUAUAAUAUAUAUACACACACACCAUAUAUAUAUAUAUAUAUAUAUAUAUAUAUAUAUAUAUUAAUUUUUUCCCCGUUCUCUUUUUCUUUUCUUUUUUUCUUUCUUCUUUUGAAUAUCUUCUUCUUCUUCUUUAUCUUUCGUAUCGACGAAGAUGCCAAACGAAAAAGUUUCAUUCUCCUCAGCCAGCAAUUUUUACAUCUUUAUCCACCCCCUCCCCCCUCUCCCAAUAUCACCAAAAAGAAUCCGAUCUCAACGAAGUCUCACGAACUUUAUUAUAUUAUCUCUGCCUCGAAAUAAUUGCGAACAACUGAUAACAACGGAGAAAGAAAAUUUAUAUAAAAAAAAAAAUAAAAAAAAAUAAAAAAAAAACAAAAAAUACAAAAAAAAAUAAAAAAAAAAGGAAUGGAAAUAGGACAACAACAACGCAAUGAGUAAAAUAAAGCGAAGGAGAGGGGAAAAAAAAAGAAAAGAAUCAGAGAACAGCUGAGAGGCAUGAAACUGAUCGUAAAAAAAAAAAAAAAGAAGAUAAGAAGAAGAAGAAGAAGAAAAGAAAUGGGUUAAAAAAUGCAUACAAUAAUAUACUCGAACGAAAAAUAGUCAGAAUUAAAUUAACGAGAACAACAACAAAUAAUAAUAAUAAUAAUAACAACUAAAAACAUACAAACAAAUAAAUAAACACAAAAAACCGCACGUCUAGUCGAAACACGCCUAUCAACAGGAACAACAAUAACUACAGAAAAUAAUACCAACAACAACAACAACAACAACAAUAAAUAGUAGCAGAAAAAAAAAUCGAAUUUCUUUCGAAGAAAGGAAUUUAAAAUAUGUUGCCACUAUAAAAUCUUCUUACUUUAUCGCGUUAUGUCGAAAGGGUAAGGGAGAUUUUCAAAUAUGAAGUAGAAGAAGAAAAAGAAAGAUGAUGAAGAGGAAGGAGAAGAAGAAGGGGAAGAAGAUGA